GCAAUGACUGUUUUCGUAAAACAAUUAAACGAAAAUUGAAUACCCACAAACUUCUCAGCACAAAAGUUGAAGAGUUCAAUAACGAAAAUUCAGUAAUGUUAUCACGAAAAUAAGCAGAUGAUCCAGAAUUUGAAAAACUGUUAGAAAGAUGGGGUGAAAAAAAUGGAGUGUACCUCGGCGAAACAAGCAGCGAAAGCACUGCUGGCAAAAGUUCCGGCAAACGAAAUGUCCGAUUUGAGCUUCCCGUGAUCCGCCAUUGUUAAUUUGGAAAAAGUUGAAUGAAUAAGCCAAGUGAAAACGCAGCGAAACGAUUCCGCGCUUCCAUUGUCAGUCGUCUCCUUCACACAUGCAUAUUUUUAUGCCCACUCAAACUCAACGGCAGCCAUCUUCUUCUGUUUUUCUUAAUUUUCUUUUCCAGUUUUUAAUUGUUUCAUUGAUUAGUAUCAAAACGUGCUACCUUAAUUAUCAUGCAAAAUUGGAUUAUGUUGCUGAUAUUUUCAAGUGAUUAUCCUUUCUUCGCUGGAGGCUCUGAUCAUUUUGAUUAUAUCGCCUUUUGACUUCAUCUAUAAACAGUGGCUUGUAACUUGUAUACCGAAAAUGUACUAAAGUUUUUCCAAGUAUUAUGAAUUAUUAAUUACUAACAAUUUCAAUUUCUACAUCGAAAUUGACUACUAACUCGACAUAUGCACAGAUUUUUUUUAAACAUCCACAGUUAUAAUGCUCUUAACGAUUUUUAUUAUCGAAAAAAUGAGUUUUAAAUUCUAAUACUAUUAUUGAAAAACAGCAUAUUGCACAUUAGAUCGAGCAUCUAUAUGCACGAACUUUUUUCGGCAAUUAAAAAAAAUUGGAAAAUUAAUCGAAUUGUGAGCUUAUAGAUAUAUCCCUAUUUGGUGUAGAUUAAAAUCUACUUAAAAAUGGUUAAUUAAAGGUCAAUGGUUUUUUUGGACUGUCUAAAGGUUCUUAAGUUGAAUAUUUUUAGAAAUGUCUGGAUGACAAUGUCAAAAAUGGAAGGUUAGGGACUCCACCGCAGUUCUUGAAAGUUUCAAGCCCCUGUUGUGUUUGUCGCUGAAAAUAAUCGACACGAUUAAGAAAAUAAUUGCAUGUAGACCCCAGUUGAAAUCGAAAGAAAUCACUGCAUUUCCUUCUCGAUUAAGGCUGAAUUUCGCAUAAUAAAAUCCGCCAAGUUUUUCAGAAUUUUACAUUUCAUCUCAGUUGAUCGCUCGAAAUUUUAAUUACUGCCAUUCUGUAGGCUAGAAAAGCAAAAAUGGAGACGCCUUUGCUGUCAUCAGAGAAAAGUGACAAAGGAAGUGAAAGGUGGAGCACAUACCAACACGUGGGCCGUGCCGGGUCGGCAAUUCCAACGGCAUUCCCGCCUUUUCCGGCUGGAACUGAAGUGAGCGUCGAUGAAAUUCGAUCCGCCGCCGCUUUUUCUGAACCGUACCCACCUUCUUUACAUGCCCCUUUGGUCGGGUCCUCCGAACCACAUCUCUUCUUUCCCAAUGCACAAGUGACUGGUCAGGGUGGAUGUCAUGGACAUGUAGGAACAACUUCUGAUGUAGGCAGGCAAGUAUUGGAUGAGGUAGAAAUCCGAGAACUACUCAUAGAUCAUGUCGGUCAUCGUUGUUGUUGGGGAAGUCGUCCUGCUCGGACUUGGAAUAUACACGCAGUUGAAGAUUGCAAUGUUUAUACAGGAACUCUCGAGACUUUUAUUGAAGAAAGGGAAACAAUAACAGAAAAGGAACCAUACUCUGGUGGCAAAAUUGAUGGAAAGCAUGAGGGGCCUCAACUAGGAAUAUGGGAAUUGGAUUUAAGGUCUGAGUUUCCAGUAUUAUUUAUACCUCAUAAAGAGUCAAGGACCAUGAUUCCUCAUUCAGAAGCCAUUGAGAAAUGCUCAGGUUGUGUGGAACGUGGAAAUUUUGUUUGUCCCACAUGCAAUAAAGAUCAAGAUCCUGGAAAGGAGAAUCGCAUGUCUCCAUGUCCUGCUUGUUAUGGGAGAGGCUUAAUUGCUCAUGGAGAUGGAUCAGAUACAACAUGUCUCAAAUGUAACGGCAAGGGAAUGAUUCCUUGUGCAACCUGUGGAUCGCGCGGGUUAAUAAAAUGUGAGACAUGUCAAGGUGGUGGCUUUCUUCUAACACGCCAAGUGGCUGUCAUUAGGUGGAAGACACUUUCAGCUAGAAAAGUAAGUUCAACAAGUGGAGCAGCUUCAGUUCCAGACGACGUAUUCCACCGAGCAAAAGGAGUGCAGUUGUGCAAUAACCAGGCCUACCAGUGUACGCCUGCAUUUUUUGCCAAUUCAUACUUCCUCAACAAGUUUUCUUCCGAAGUAAUUGCAGAAAGAGCACCUGUACCUCCAACCGCAAGGGUCAUUUGCGAGAGACAUACAAUCUCUGUUGUCCCGGUGACCCGUGUAACCAUGACUCAUCGCAGUCGCUCCUUCAGUUUCUAUCUUAUCGGAACUGGGCGUGAGGUUUAUUUAAAAGAU